CGGAGGGGUCACGGGUGGACUGGUGACGUCUCCCUGGCGGGCGGCGGUUCGGGGCUUUUUCCCCCCCUAGGUCCGGGGGGCUCCUCGGCUCACACCCUCCCCUACACGCUCGGCCGCACCCGCACCUUCCUACCGCCAGGCCUGAGAUCAUCUGGUAAGUUUUUCAUAAGUCGCCAAGAUGGUGCUAGCAGAUCUUGGAAGAAAAAUAACCUCGGCGUUACGCUCGUUGAGCAAUGCCACCAUUAUUAAUGAAGAGGUAUUAAAUGCUAUGCUAAAAGAAGUGUGUACAGCCCUGUUGGAAGCUGAUGUUAAUAUUAAACUGGUGAAGCAACUACGAGAAAAUGUCAAGUCGGCUAUUGACCUUGAAGAAAUGGCAUCUGGCCUCAACAAAAGAAAAAUGAUUCAGCAUGCUGUUUUUAAAGAACUUGUGAAGCUAGUGGACCCAGGAGUCAAAGCCUGGACUCCUACUAAAGGAAAACAGAAUGUUAUAAUGUUUGUUGGGCUGCAGGGUAGCGGUAAAACCACAACGUGUUCAAAGUUAGCCUACUAUUACCAGAGAAAAGGUUGGAAGACCUGUUUGAUAUGUGCAGACACAUUCAGAGCAGGGGCUUUUGACCCUAAACAGAAUGCUACCAAAGCCAGAAUCCCAUUCUAUGGAAGUUAUACUGAAAUGGACCCUGUAAUCAUCGCCUCUGAAGGUGUGGAGAAAUUCAAGAAUGAAAAUUUUGAAAUUAUCAUUGUUGAUACAAGUGGCCGUCAUAAACAAGAAGACUCUUUGUUUGAAGAAAUGCUUCAAGUUGCUAAUGCAAUACAACCUGACAACAUCGUAUACGUUAUGGAUGCUUCCAUCGGGCAGGCUUGUGAAGCUCAAGCUAAGGCUUUCAAAGACAAAGUGGACGUGGCCUCCGUUAUCGUGACGAAACUUGAUGGCCACGCGAAAGGAGGUGGUGCUCUUAGUGCAGUUGCUGCUACGAAAAGUCCAAUUAUUUUCAUUGGAACUGGAGAACAUAUAGAUGACUUUGAGCCUUUCAAAACCCAGCCUUUCAUUAGCAAACUUCUUGGUAUGGGUGACAUAGAAGGAUUGAUAGAUAAAGUCAAUGAGUUGAAACUGGAUGAUAAUGAAGCACUUAUAGAAAAACUUAAACAUGGCCAGUUUACAUUGAGAGACAUGUAUGAACAAUUCCAAAACAUCAUGAAAAUGGGUCCCUUCAGUCAAAUCUUGGGAAUGAUCCCUGGCUUUGGAACAGAUUUUAUGAGCAAAGGCAAUGAGCAGGAAUCAAUGGCAAGGCUAAAGAAAUUAAUGACAAUAAUGGAUAGUAUGAAUGAUCAAGAACUUGAUAGUACAGACGGUGCCAAGGUUUUCAGUAAGCAACCAGGACGAAUUCAAAGAGUAGCAAGAGGUUCAGGUGUCUCUACAAGAGAUGUUCAAGAGCUUUUGACCCAGUAUACCAAGUUUGCCCAGAUGGUGAAAAAGAUGGGUGGUAUCAAGGGGCUUUUCAAAGGGGGUGACAUGUCAAAGAAUGUGAGCCAGUCCCAGAUGGCAAAACUGAAUCAACAGAUGGCGAAAAUGAUGGAUCCAAGAGUUCUUCAUCACAUGGGUGGGAUGGCAGGCCUGCAGUCGAUGAUGAGGCAGUUUCAACAAGGAGCUGCUGGGAAUAUGAAAGGCAUGAUGGGAUUCAACAACAUGUGAUGAAGAUGCCUUAAUAGACACUGACUCAGUUGAUCUUACGUGGGCUAAGAUUUCCAUUUUUUUCUCCUUUUUUUCCUCAGUAGAAAAGGAGAGUUCUCUUCCCUCUCCCUGCCCUCCCCCCUCCCCGCUUCCCACCCCAACUCUAAAUCAUUUUGGGGAUUUGAUCUUUUGAAACUUUUCAGACACCUCAUAGUUUCUGGGUCUUUCUCGAAGUCAUAUUUUAGCUUAAGAAUGUCCCCUCCUGUUAAUUUCCAAGGUCACAAUAACAGUUCUUAAGUUAAGAAAAUCAUGAUGUAAACUUUUAGUACUUAUAGUUUUUAAUUGUUUGCCUCGAAGAGCAGCCAUUACAUUUGUAAACAGUCCAGGUGAAUAGUUCCAGGAUGUCACAGGAAAAAUACUGUAAAAUAAAUUCAAAGUGGUUGUAAAUGAAGGGUUUGCUAACUUUCUUUGUGGCUUGAAACCUUAAUUUUCAAGAUUACCACAUAAAAAGGUGGAAUUUGGAGCUAAGGGCUACAUAUCACCCAAAACACUGUCUGAGUCACAAAUUACUCUUCAGAUUUUCAUGGGAAAUAUGCUCAUGUAAAAACAGUAACUUACCAUGAAUGUCCAGGACAUGGUGUAACAGUAUAAUUUAAAGACACUUUUACUGCAGAAAAUAUGAGCUUCAUUUGUUCUGUAAAAUGGAGUCCUGUAUCUGAAGUGUUAAUUAUGUAUAUCUUGAGUAUAGCUUAUAUUUUUGAAGCCUUAAUUGCAGUCAAUUUUAUAAAUCAUUUACAAAUCACUUACUUGACUUAUUUUCUCUACUCAAAAGUUCUUAAAGUGCAUGCAUGAUAGGAUGUAUCAGUGAUGGUGAAGAAAAUAGCUUUUUUAGGCAUUAUUUCACCGAACUCUCCCACAAUCUGUGUAGUUAAAUUGUUUAGGUCUCAGAAACAGUGUUUUUUUGUGUAAUGAAUUUUAAAUGGUGGUGAAACGAUUCUAAGCAUGAAACUAACUGUGUUUAGAGUAGGGUGGAGAGAUAAGCAAAGGAGCUAACUAGUUUCAGGUUUUGUCUCUUCCCUCCAGUACUGGUAGGAGACUGAGAAGAGGUUGACAGGAAGAAAAGUCACCUGAAGGAAAGAAUAUUUGAUUUAUGAUCAUUACAUGUGAGAUCGGACAUCAGCAGAUAUAUUGAGGACAAACAGACCCUCCCCCAAAAUAACUUCUGACAUGUUCUUAGUGGCUAAACUGUAAGCUGUGGUGGGCAGGGAACAUGUCUACCAACUCUGUUGUACUGUACUCUCCCAAGCGCUUAGUACAGUGCUCUGCAUACAGUAAGUGCCCGAUAAAUACCGUUGAUUGAAUUUUUGAUCAACUCGUUAUAAUAGGCAAGGUGGCCUAGUGGAAAGAAAAUGGGACUGGAAGUGAGGAGACAUAUUUAACCUUUCCAGGCCCCAGUUUCCUCAUCUGUAAAAUGGGGAUAAAUUAUAUUGUGAGCCCUGGGCAGGCCAGGGUCUGUUUGAGCUGAUAACCUUGUACAAACCCCAGCGCCUAGCACAUACUAAGUGCUUAAUAAAUGCCAUAAUUAACACUGCACUUUAAGUAGCGCUGCAUAUAUUUGUGAGGCUUUGCUGGAAGCUGGUGGAUUUUUUUAGAUUUCCUUAGCUUGAAAGUCCUGAGGAAUAACUUUUUAGAAUGUUGUAAUGAAAAAUGUGUAUGCGGAUCCCAGUACAUUCAAUUAGGGCAUUUUUUUCAAUGUGGAUUUUUUGGAGAUACUUCAAGAGAUUUUCAUAAAGACCCAGUGCUGACCUUGUUUAUUUCAACAACUCUACUGAACGUACCCAAACCUUUGAUUCAGUGGAAAAAUAGAGGACCCUCUUCCCCCCACCAAGGGGGUCUCUCUCGUUUAAACCCCCAUGAAAGGGAAAGAAAUCAGUGUUGAGAAAUGUGUGAUGAAUUGAACUGAUGUUAUAUAUGGGCUUUGGAGGUUCCCAUCCCCAGAGCAUUUUUCAUAUUGUGCAAAAUUACUGAGGCCAAAAUGUGGGGAGAAACUCCAUCUUUCAUUACUAUUAGGGAACUGUGCCAACUGCAUGAGUAAUGAGGCUUAUGGCAUUUUGGGAACUUUGAGUUUGCAUAUUUUAAUGUCAAGGCAUCAGUGUUUUUUUCCCAUUUUGGCACCGUCAAAUGCCUAGGAGUGGGGUGAUUUUGGUGGUUUGAUUUCUGUAAUCUUCUAAGACAGCAAUUGUCUAUAAUUCAUUUGAACAAACAUCUCAAGUUCAGGUCAGUUUAAUUCAAACCCUUCAAAGUGAGGCAUACAGAGGAGUCAAAUGUGAUUUGUUCCCUGUUUCUUGAAUUUGGUGGAGCCUGGAGGGAAGCAUGAAGGAGAGCAGGCCUUUGAAAUUCAUGUAACAAUAGAGGGAACUUAAGCCGAAAUCUAUCCAUGUAGAUCAAACUUCAUUAUGGAUAGAUUUCAUGAUUUUAAAACCGAAACCUGUAUCGUUCUCAGCUGUGGGGAUGGAAAGGCCUUCUCUCCUUGGAAGAGUAACCAGAAAUGUGUUGAAACAACUUCACUACCCUGUCACCACAGUGUUUUGCCUUUGAUUAGAAAUAGAAGAUGAAAAUGGGAGAAAACAGGCAGAGCAUUGAUCGAAAGUCUCACUCCCACAGGAGAGUUUAGGAAUCUGGUAAAAAAUUUUUUAUUAUUUCUGAUGGGUGAGGCUCUGAAUAUAUCCCAUUGAUCUUAAGCCCUGUCUUAUAACGUGUCCUGUAUGUAAUGUGUUUGGGUAUAGUAGCAUAUCAUUAACCACAUACAACUGGAUUUAAUAAUUUAGUCACGGUGGCAGUGACCCUCCGUCGGUGCCCUUUUGAAUUAUUUUAAAGAUGUAAAUCAUUCUGUUCAGUGAUGCUGCAGUAUAUAACAUCCCUUAUACUCUGUGUGAUUCCUGGGAGCCGGACGUGGGUUGGUUUUAGUCUCUAACUUUGAUCACCUUUCUCAGGAUGUGCUAGCUGAUGAAUUUCGCUACACAGUCUCUGUCCUUUCCUUUUUCAUGUACUGGAGUUCUAGGUCAUACCCCUGUUGUUUGCAUCUGGUGGAUCUGUCCUAAAAGUAAGAACUGGUAAGAUGUAGCCUGUGGUAGAUGCUAAUAUUCUUGUCAUGCUUUCGGAACAGUUGGGAAAAUUCAGCUCAGAAGCUCCACCCAAGCAUUUAGUACGGUGCACUGUACCCAGGGACCCUCAACAGAUACUGUUAUUACUGUUACUACUCUACCAUAAUUUGGAGACUGAUCAGAUAAAGUACGAGCCUUUUAAAACGGUGUCCUUUUAGAAUAAAGAAGCGAAACCCCAAAUUUGGACUAAGCAUUGAUGGAGAGGUAACUCUUCCAGCUAUUUAAUAACUGGUAGCUUCACUCUUCUGAAGAUUUUUGCUACUGUGCCUCUUAACCACUAACUUGGGAAAUAUGCUGCUUAAAAGAAUUACAAGUUACAGAUAAAUCAGGUCAGUUUGCACACUUUUUCUAUGACAGUCUGACAUGUCAAUCAUUUUCUUACUUCUCGUGGUUGGUUUGGGGCUGGAGAUCCGAGAGCUAAGGUAGCGGUACUUGAUUGCAAAAAUAGAGGUCUCAGCUAAUUGAAAGUGGAUCCUACCGAUCAUUCCUGUAACCGAGGCUUUUGAUUCCAGCCUUUCUCUCCCUCCUGAUAAAUUUUAUGCAUUCUUGCUUAAGUUAACUUUUUAGUGUGGAAAGGACCCCCCAAUCUCCAUUCCUCCUUUCUGGAAUUUUAACUGCUUAUUCUUUUGGGUGUUCCAUUAAGUGUGUGGUGUUUCUCUCUCUCUCUCCUUCAACUCAGCCUCCCCCAACCCUCUCCCACCAUUAGUUCAAGUGUUUCUAUGUAGUUGUUCCUGCAUGAGUAACCAUCUUGGCUAAUUAUUUAACUUUGUCAUCUCUUACCAUAUUAUAGAAAAAUGUAUUUUCAUCUUUACCACUCUGUGUUUUUCUUUGUUUUAUCAUUUAAUGUUUUAAUUUUAUUGUACUCAACUUUAAAGCGUAUGGGCAAUGGGGUGCAUCAGAAAGGUGCUGUACCUAAUAGUGUACAAGAAGAUCGGAGUCGACAAGGCAGUUGUGUUUACAUCUUGGGUCCUUGAGCCAUUUUUACUAUGUGCAACCUUCCAGUCCUGUCCAAAAAUGUAUUUUACUAUUAGAAGAGGAUGGAUCAUCCUCAUUAUAUUUAUAGGUACUCUAUGAUAAAGAUUAGGUUUUUGGCCAGCAAUCACUCGCGUGUUUGACUUUUUUUUAUCCUUGGAUUAAAAUACGAGCUUCAUGGGAAAUGAGAAUGAAACUCUAAUAUAGCAAAGCAGCGAACCCAAUGGAGAUACAGAGUGAAAGGAUUGUCAGUUACCACAGUAAAAGAACCUCCGUUACGUAAUUGUAUUGAUUUGAACAAUAAAAAAACCCCUAAACAUUAAA